AUGAGCCUCUUUGGAAGUUUGUUCGGAUUCUUUCUUAGGGAAGCUAGCCCUAUCCUGGGUAUGGUUGCUGUGAGCAGCUUCCUUUAUCUAAUUGUUGACCAUAUUCAUAUCCCUCAAUGGUGGGACAAAAAGACCCACCUGGUCGGACAAAAAAGUCCCGAGAGAAUUACUAGACAUGAAUGCCCUUAUGAUUAUCUGCGAGAAAUCUAUGGCAAGCAUCAUUGGACAGCUUUUGUCCACAAGCUAUCCCCAGCCCUUCAUAAUGAUGACCCUGCUAAGUACCACAUGGUGCUGGAAAUUAUGGAUGCUAUACACCUUUGCUUAAUGCUGGUUGACGAUAUUUCCGACGGAAGCGACUAUCGCAAAGGACGACCCGCUGCUCACAAAAUAUACGGCCUAUCAGAAACAGCAAACCGCGCUUAUUACAGAGUCACCCAGAUUCUCAACAAAACCACAAAGGACUUCCCCAACCUCGCGCCAUGGUUAAUGCAGGAUCUUCAGGAUAUCCUUGAAGGUCAAGAUAUAUCCCUCGUUUGGCGCAGGGAUGGAAUAAGCGCCUUCCCUAUCGCUACCGCAGAGAGAGUUGCAGCAUAUCGAAGAAUGGCCUCUCUCAAGACCGGUUCCUUAUUCCGUUUACUAGGUCACAUUGUCCUAGAGAAUGAUUCUAUGGAUGAAACAUUGACCACAGUCGCAUGGAAUUCGCAGCUCCAAAAUGAUUGCAAGAAUGUUUAUUCUUCAGAGUAUGCAAAGCUGAAGGGCUCUGCGGCUGAAGACUUGCACAAUCGCGAGAUGACAUACCCCAUCGUGCUGGCAUUAGAUGCACCCGACGGCCAUUUGGUGACGGGGGGCUCUAGAAUAUCCGUCGCGUCACAAUAUCCGGUAAUUCGAAGUGACUAUGUGCGGAACAUAUGCAUGAAUGAGCUGCGUAAAUCAGGUGCCUCGGUUAAAGAAUGGCUGGAACUAUGGGGCAGAAAGGAGAAACUCGAUUUGAAGGCGUGA